AUGGCUUUUUUAGCUUCCCUGGCCAUACUCCAAUCAGAAGCCAGCUGCCCUCUCUGUCUAGAUUACUUGAGAGAUCCAGUAACCCUAGACUGUGGUCACAACUUCUGUGUCUCCUGCAUUCAACAGCGCUGGGUUGACCUACAGGACGUCUUCCCCUGUCCUGUCUGCCUCCACCAUUGCCCUGACAGGAACUUCAAGAGAAACAACCAGUUGUGUCACAUCACUGACAUCAUUAAUCAGCUCCCCAUCAGAGGGAAUAAGAGGAAACAGCGGGAACAGAAACUAUGUGAAAAGCACAAUGAGGUCUUGGACAUGUUCUGUGAGAAGGACUUCGAGCUGUUGUGUCCCCAGUGCAGGGCGGCCCCUGACCACCAGGAUCACCACCUGAUCCCUGCUGAGAGAGCUGCGGCAAGCCAAAGAAAGAAGCUCAGAAGCUACAUGGAGCUUCUGAAGAGGAAGGUCGAAACCACUGAAAUGGAUUGUAAGAAACUAAUUUCAAAAUUUCUUGAGGAGAGCUGGAACGUGGAAAGCCAGAAAAGAGAAUUAGAUCCUGAAUGUAAAGAGUUUAUUUGUUUUUUGAGAAGGGAACAUUUUGAAAGUGAUGCCAGAUUAAUUCUGGAAGAGAACAAAGAGAAGGAUAAACUAACCGAAAACAAAAGCUACAUUUCAAGUCACGUGGACACACAUAAAAAUCUUCUACGUGAAGCAAGAGAAAAGUGUUUGCUGCCCGAGCUGGAGUUGCUAUCAGACAUCAAAAGUUUGCAGUGUAGCCACGAAGACGUACCACUCCCAGCAGUCUUUUCGUAUGAACUCAAGAAAGAGAGUUUAACCCUCCCUCCACAUUAUUUUGGUCUGCACAAAAUGAUCAGCACGUUCCAGGUAGAUUUGACACUAGAUCCUGAAACUGCGCAUCCAAGUCUGAUUGUGUCCAAAGACAGGAAAAGUGUAUCUACAACAAGUCUACCACAAUUUCUUGACAACUCCCAGACGUUUCCUCCUUAUCCAGCUGUGCUCAGCUGUGAGGGCUUUGAUGGAGGCAGGCAUUUUUGGCAAGUAGAAGUCACAGGUGAGGGUGAAUGGUCCUUAGGUGUUUGUAAAAAAUCAUUCUACAGAAAUUCUAUGAUACUACCAAGCGCUGAGAAUGGCUGUUGGGCAUUUUUACAGUCUGCGAAGUACACUGAGCAAAACAUGAACGGAACAAACCCAGGCAUGCAAAUUGGUGUAUUUCUGGACUAUGAGUUGGGAGAACUUUCCGUUUAUAAUUUGAAUAACAAGUUGUAUUUGUGUAAAGUGACUGAUAAAUUCACAGAAAAACUGAUACCAUAUUUUGCUAUUGGAUCCUCUUCAAAUUCAUUUUCAAUAUGUUUGGCCACAAAGGAAUGGUGA